AGCUUAUUGGCCACUAGCGAUGAGCUAACAGCGAAAGUGAGCAAGGGCGAGGUCGCUACACCUGUAAGAAAACCUAACUUCUUUCCUCACUACUCUUCGUGGAUCGUCGGCAGCGGGCGCAGCCAUGAAGCAUCACGAAAAUUGCGAAGGUCUCGAUCCGGCAUCCCUGUCCCCACCUCGUGUUUCACUCCAGCUUUCGCUCACCGAUCAGGCGCCAUGGACGAGACCUCCUCAUUGGAACACUGUGUCGUCACUGUCGCCAUGUGCGCUCUUCUCCAUGCCCGUACAGCCUCAAGCGAGCAAGCCCUCCCGUACUGGCCCACCAGCUCAACGACAUUCCUUCGGGAUCUCAUCCGCUGGGCGCGUCGCGGCUCUUCGUCAACACAUGUCGGCGAAUGCUCUAGAAUUUGGAGCGUGGAUAAGCUCGGGGGAGAUGGGAUCUAUCACGCAUUGGAAGAGCCCAGCAUUCGAGCCCGCUAUAUUGAACGCCAUCACGCCACAAAUCCUGAUGUCAUACCAAAUCCUGCACGGAAAGUAUCCCUUUGAAAGAAAGACUUUUGUUUUUGUGCAGGACUCAGGCGCUUUGGAGGUGGCCAUGGUUUGCUGUCACGCGCUGACCACCAGUGCUCACAGCCGACCCUUACGAAUUACCGAGAGAUACUUGCUCAGGGCUGGGCGACCUUGUCCGGCCCAUGCGCCACAUUCCAAGCACGGAACAUGCCUCUACUUCAUCGACUACACGCUAGUGAGGAUGGGCGGAACUCCCUCUUCAGCCUGUGCCGCAAUUUAGUAGUACACCAUCUAAGCUCACGUGUAUCACAACAAUCCCGAAAUGCCGCCCAUCAAACAAUUUGCCAUAAAAGACACUCGUCAACCCAGACAUCUUUCAGUAUGCCGUCAAUAUAGCGUUUGGAUGUUCCAGGUGCUCACGGAAA